AUAGAAAUAUGGCAUCCGUCGACCGUACUUCGUUCCAUCACUCGUGAAAAACGUAAGUGGAAUAAUUUGUUAAUCGAUUAUAAAAUAAAUGUAACGUGCCGUUAAGUGGGAAUAGUUUUUGUUUAGUGCGAGUGUCGAAUGAAUAAAAUAAAAAUGGUGUAGUGGUGCGUGCGGACCUAGAGAAAUCCACCCUAUUUUGGUGUGGUGCGCUAGAAGUAAGUGUAUUUAUUAUUGUCACUGGAGAAUCGUCGACAAUCUGGAAGACUGAAGGGAAUGUGUUUUAAGUCAUGGGAGCCCAGAAUACCAAGGAAAGAACCGCUUCUGUUGGAACACAUUCUGGGAGAACGACAAGAAAUAGAUCGAGAGUACCUAAAGAUGGGCGACAGACUUCGAAUAUUUUUACGGAGCACAGCGAGGCCCUAUUGCAAAGUCGACCACUACCCCACAUACCGAAUCUUCCCGAGUCCGAAGCGCCGACGACGAGUUCCAUCGGAUCGGGCGGUACGCUGGGAAGCUUAUCGGGUUCGUCAGGAUCGGCAGCACCAUCGACUCCCAUGUCGCUAGAGACGGCGAACAGAUGGACGUCCAAGGAGAAUCUUCUGGCGCAGGAGGAGGACGACCCGCAACUAUUUGUAGCUCUAUACGACUUCCAAGCGGGCGGCGAAAAUCAGCUUAGCUUAAAAAAGGGCGAACAAGUUCGGAUUCUUAGUUACAACAAAAGUGGGGAGUGGUGCGAGGCGCAUUCGGCAUCGAAUCAGGUCGGAUGGGUACCAUCAAAUUACGUAACGCCUGUAAAUUCUUUGGAGAAGCAUUCCUGGUACCACGGACCAAUAUCUAGAAACGCGGCCGAGUAUUUAUUAAGUUCGGGAAUUAACGGAAGUUUUUUAGUGCGAGAAUCGGAAAGUAGUCCUGGACAACGUAGCAUUUCAUUAAGGUACGAGGGGCGCGUCUAUCACUAUAGGAUAAAUGAAGAUUCAGAAGGCAAGGUUUUUGUGACGGCCGAGAGCAAGUUUAAUACCUUAGCGGAGCUAGUCCAUCAUCAUUCUAUGCUCUCGGAUGGUCUGAUUACUCAGCUGCUCUAUCCUGCACCCAAACAUAACAAACCGACAGUAUUUCCUCUUAGCCCCGAGCCCGACGAAUGGGAGAUUAAUCGGACUGAUAUCGUGAUGAGGCAUAAGCUAGGAGGUGGUCAGUAUGGAGAUGUCUACGAGGCAGUAUGGAAACGUUACAAUAUGACCGUCGCCGUCAAAACGUUGAAAGAAGAUACAAUGGCACUAAAAGAUUUCCUUGAGGAAGCAGCGAUUAUGAAAGAAAUGAAGCAUCCAAAUUUAGUACAACUGAUGGGAGUUUGCACAAGGGAGCCUCCAUUUUAUAUCAUUACCGAGUUUAUGAGUAAGGGAAACUUGUUGGACUAUUUGCGGAAUGGCAACAAAGAACAAAUCAAUGCAGUUGUGCUUAUGUACAUUGCUACACAAAUAGCGAGUGGCAUGAGUUAUUUAGAAAGCAGGUGCUUUAUACACAGAGAUUUGGCGGCACGAAACUGCCUGGUGGGCGAAAACCACUUGGUGAAAGUUGCCGAUUUCGGUUUGGCUAGAUUAAUGCGAGAUGACACAUAUACGGCACAUGCCGGCGCCAAAUUUCCCAUUAAGUGGACCGCGCCCGAAGGCUUGGCGUACAAUAAAUUUUCCACCAAAUCCGACGUUUGGGCUUUCGGUAUUUUGCUAUGGGAAAUCGCCACCUACGGAAUGUCGCCAUAUCCGGGCGUCGAUCUGACCGAUGUCUACCACACACUUCAGAAGGGCUAUCGCAUGGAAUGUCCGCCGGGUUGUCCGCCGAAAAUUUACGAGCUAAUGAGACAAUGCUGGCAGUGGCAUGCGCACGAAAGACCGACGUUUAGAGAAAUCCAUCACGCACUGGAGAAUAUGUUUCAGGAGUCUAGCAUUACGGAAGAGGUAGAAAAACAGCUACAGGGAAGUGAUGGAUCAGGUACUCCUCUCUUGUCAUACAAGAAGUCUCAUUCUGGUAGUACUGGGAAUAUCCAUGGUCUGGUCAGUUCCUCCGAUCAACAGGAUCUGCAAGGAACUAAGUUAUCCACGUUUUCGGGUGGUCCAUGCAAUGCAAAGGGCAGUAUGGUGCAGAUGCGUAGAACGACGAACAAAAAGGGCAAACAAGCUCCGGUGCCCCCCAAAAGGACUAGUCUUUUAUCUUCUUGUAGUUCAUUUCGCGAUAGUACGUGUGACGAUCAAGGGCAUGGAGAUGGAGGAUUGGAUGAUGGAGCCGAUAUAAAUGGUAUUAGUAAAAAAUUUAAAGGCAUUGCACGUGAACUUCACAAUUUAGCUACAAGCGCGAAGGGUGACAGCGAAAGCGAAUUGCAAGAUCAAACACCAGAUACAGAUGACUCUGGGGCUCAUUCGUAUCCUGAAGUCGCCUCCACAAACACCUUUGGUCUUCCCAACACAAACUCAUUCAAAAGAGCGCCGAUUAUGGGAAACCGUGGUUUAGAACAACGUGGGAAGAAAUCACGUACAUAUCCUCCCAAAGAGUCACAAACUGUACAAGUUGCGGCUCUAGAAGUACAAAAUGUGCGUAAGGCGAUUAGUAGGUAUGGAACUCUGCCAAAAGGUGCUAGGAUCGGGGCGUAUCUGGAGUCGCUGCGUCAAAGCGGUCUUUCAGGCAACCAAGAGCAAAUUCAAACAGUAAACCCUGUUAUAGCCGAACAAACGGAACCGACUGCAAGGUCCCUGUCACCUCGAACAAACAUCCGUACUCAACCUCAAAUGAUCCGUAGUAAUUCAUCGAGCGGAGUAACCACAUUCCACGCCCCACACCCUCCCAAUUCUCCAACGGCGUCAAAAUUAAGUCGGAACCGAAAUAUGAACAGACACAACACAGUGGAUGUGGCGAGCGGUUUGAGAACAUUUAAAUCAUCUCACAACCAUAGCACUUUCCGUCAAGGCAGUCCGUCGCGGGUAGUGCAGCCGAGCCUCGCCGAUUUAGAAUUUCCACCUCCUCCCACCGACCUCCCUCCUCCCCCUGAAGAGUUUGAUGGAUCUGACGUUAUCGAAUCUCUCACCUCCAUGACCGCGUCAGCAGAGUUGAAAAGGAAACGCGUUCCAAUCUCGCCGCAUACCUCUAGAAAACUCGAAGAACCAGAUGAUCAAGGCAACAUUGACGUCAGCAACCUACAGCCGUCAGUUGAAGAAGCAAGUUGGAGGUUUGGUAUAAGUUUAAGGAAAUGUGAGCCAUCAACAGAAAGCUGUGGUAGUUUUAGAGAGAAAGAAGAAAAGAGUCCGUUACAUUCCAGUAUGAGUCUUACAAGUCCUAGUCAGGAAGGUAGAAGUCCUAUGAGUAUAGAUUCUGAUGUUCCUGUGGUCGGUUCUCCACUCGAACCGCUGCCACUCCCUCCCGAGUUCCCUGAAGCAGACGUGCAAAACAAUGAUCAAAAGGAAAACAAGCAUUCAGUGACCGACGACAAUAAAUCAUCCAAAGUGUUCAAAACUAAAUUAGUAAAAAAAGAAAUGGAAUUAAAACUGGUGGCGGAAAUCAAAGAACGGGCUGAUCAAAAGAAUAAAUCCUCAACAGAAUCUCCCCUUGAUCCUAUAGUGGCUGUGAGUAGUUUUAGUAGUGACCCCGCCGCGCAAUUAGUCUCGGAGUUAUCGGAAACGUUAAACCUCGAAGGUGUUGAUAAACGAAGAAAUAUCCCCACGUCAGUUUUAAAAGAGAAAUCUGAUAACAGCAGUGUAUUUACCUCGCAUCUCAAGAAAAUCGAACCAGUUUUGAAAAAACAAGUGCCAAAAGAAAAAGAGGAAACUAAUAAUUUAAGUAAAAUAAUCGAUUUUAAAUCCCGGCUCCGAAAAGUAGACGGCGGCACCGAGAAAAAGUUCGACAAGGAGGACGAAGACAACAAUGGUCAGUCGCCCGAGCAGGGCAGAAAUGGGUUAGAGUAUGAUCAGGAAGGUAAUAAACGCGAAAGCACAGCUAGCUCCGAUAGUGGAAAUUUAAAAAUUGAGGAGUGCGAGGAUAAGCGGAAAAGUACUGGAAGUAUUAGUAGCCUUAAAAAACUUUGGGAACCGAAAGAUGCAACAGAAAACUCAGGUGGGAUGCAAUUGAGUCCAAAAUUAACGAUAAAAAACACCAAAAACGAGGAGAAGAGCGAACUAUCACCCAACGAUACGUCCGACGACUCGAUUAAAAUCAAAGGUGAAAAAAGAGUGUGGCCUCCUCAUGCGGAAGACAAACCCUCAAUUCCCAUGAAACCGCCCGUCAAAGCUGUCAAACCCAUAAUAAGCAAUCGUCCUGCGUGCUCUGCCAUAUACGCGACGCCGAUUCCGUCUUCGAACAAUUCGAAACCACCGAUAUCAGCGAAGCCGUCCAAUUUGGACAGCAAAACACCCGAGGAAGACAUCAAGAUGACGCUUCCCGAUAAAGUAGGCAAAGAUAACAUUUUGGAAAUUUCUCAAGCAUUAGAGACAACUUUGAACGGAUUGAAAACGAAUUCCAAUGUAACUACGGCAACCUGGCUGCAACUCUCCGACAAAAUCGGAUUGUUACACCUCUCGUGCAUGGAUUACGCUGACAACGUCAUUCCAGCCCACACGAAGUUUCACUUUCGAGAGUUACUAACACGUCUAGAAGUUCAAGCGAGACAGUUGAGAAGUGCGGGCUCUCGGAAUACGACUGAGAAUAUGCGAUAUGUAAAUGAGGUUAAUAACACAAUUAAGGACGUCGUAAAUGCGGUAUUGCGGUAAACCAUUAUUUAUUUUUGUUUGCUUUCUGAGAUUUCGGAACGACCACGUAGGACCACUAUACUUAAGAGGUUUUUAGGUAAGUUGUGCAUUUAUCAAAUUUUGUGCGUAAUGUUUUUUCCUUUUGAUUGAGUUGUGAAUAUUCUUCUGCCUUAAAUUGUGGAGCGAUUGCGGUCUCCCGUUUUAUUUUUAAUUUUACUAAGCUGUGAUACCUGUAGAUUAUGUUUUAAAUGCUCAAACGUUUUUCCCUUUAGACCGUCAGAAACUCUCCUUUAAGUUUUAACGAAACGUUUCAUUCAUCGCGAAAAAUAUGUUUGGGUAUGCGCGGCUUUAUUGUGUAAGCGCUUCCGCAGUGCGAUCGACCAGUCGAUUUAGACAAUAGCGAGGGAAAUUAUACAAUAGGGCUGCUUUCAUAUGCUAGUCUUCUUUUGUAUAUAAAUUUGUGUUUUAAGUGUGUGUGUCUGGGCAAUAGUUGCGUGUAACUAUUGAAAAAUGUACUGCUAGGUCUUCGAUAAGGAACUAAUUUUAUACAUCCCAAAGAUAAAAAUACCUAACUAGUAAGUAGUAGCAUCGAUUUGUCACAAUCAGGAAGGACGUAACCGGUGGACAUAUAAGAAUGGAAUAUAGACUCGGAGCUUUAGGGUAAAGUCUUUAUAAUAAAACCGGUCAAGCAUUUUCUCUUGGUCACAUUUGUGUCAAAAUAUUUACCCCAAAGCUCUCUAGAGAUACAGUUGGAUCCAAUUUCUUUUUGGUCACCUUGUGCAGUAUGUGCUAAAUCGCUGAUAUAGACGGUACUGUCAAACAUUAUUUUUUUCUUACUAACCGAAGUACAACGAAUUCUAAAUGUUGUGCCUUAUGCAAGAGUACAUUAGUUGCUUUUAUUUUCUAAACACAUUACUUUUUUUGUGCCAUAUACAACAGUAACCAUCAAUAACAAUAUCAUGUACCGUCGAUGUGAACGUAUUUAGUGUACCGGUAAUGGAAAUAAGCAGGGUAGUUAGUAUGCCGAUUAUAAUAAGAAAAAAAGUGCUCAGAUUUUCUAUUCCCAAUUUUAUUUACGAUCAACCUGAAACAUUGCCAAAAAAUUGAAUUAUUAUGUUUAUAAUAAUACCACAAAGCUUACUUUACGUAAAUAAAUGUAUACUUUUGAAAAAAGAUUGCUUUCCUAGUUUGUGUAUUAUAUAGAACUUAUAAUAUAUAUUUAUUACAACGAUAUACUCAAUAUUUGUGAAAAUAACGAUAAUUGGUGAUAUCCUGUAAUUUGUUGUAGUUUGAGUGUGUCAAAGUAAUUCAUAAAUUAUUUGCAGCUUUAAAAGUCGUAAUACGGUUUUUCUUUUCGGGAUUUUUGUUUUCCAUUGGAUUUGACUCGAUCGAUUCCGUUUUAUAACAAAUGUGAAAUGCUAGGUACUGGUAGAUACUUUAAAUUAGUUGUGUAAGAGAUUUUUUCCUAUUCUGUAAUGAAAACAUUUACUUUUGAAGUAUGUGUCGUCACUCUCGAUAGCUUAUAAUUUUCUAUAAGCUUAUUGACAAAAAUGUUUGGAUAUUCUUUUUGUAUAUAUUUAUGCUGCAUUUUGUACAGGCUUUUUAGAUAGGGAACAACAGACUGUAUUAUCUAUUUAAAAAUAAAUUUGCAAAUAAAUUGAU